ACGUUCUGAGAAAAACGAAAAAUGAUUUUCGGUUUUUUUGUAAAAACGGCUUGUUUUUCGAAUAGGAGGUGACGAAUAAAAAUUUUUGUCGCGCAUGAAAGAGCAGAUGACGGGUUAUUUCUUCAUGAAUUUAUCUCAAUUUCGAUGAUUCUGACGAAAAGCGACUUUUUUGUGGAGGCUCUAAAAUCUAUCAUCUUCGCAUUCUCACAUCUUACUAUUAAAUAAACAAAAGGGUGGCUGUAUCUUAUAUAGUAUCAGACAAAAAAAAAAGAAAAACGUCACGUGUUCUAUUCUUUCGAUUGCCAAAAAAAGACAAAUCAUUAACUGUUGUCGUUUUCAAGUUAAUCAGUUUACACCCAUUCUUCUUUACUUCUGACGAAGAUAUUUAGACAAUUUUUAUUCUUUCUAUUUCAUAUAGGAAAACUUACUAUAACUAAUAUUCGUCUUAUUUGGCAUAGUCAUUCAUCACCACGUGUUAAUCUUUCUAUUGGUCUUUAUUCAAUUGUGACAAUUACUGUUCGAAAUGCGAAAUCAAAACUUCGUGGUAGUACAGAAUCUUUAUAUCUUCUAACAAAAUCUGGUUCAUCUCGUUAUGAAUUUAUAUUUACUAAUCUUAUAGCGGGCUCAAGUGCAAUGCUUAAUUCAGUUGUUGCUGUUCAUAAAGCAUAUGAUUCAUCACGUCUUUAUCGUGAAAUUCGUCUUCGUUCAUCAUUACUUAAUAAAGGUCAAUUACGUAUUUUACCUAAAGAACGUUUACAUAAUCGAUAUAAUGGUGUUUGGAACCUUUCAUCUGAUCAAGGUAAUCUUGGUAUUUUUCAUAUAACAGAUAUUCGUGUUAUAUGGCAUGCAGAAUUAAAUGAAAAUUUUAAUGUUAGUGUACCAUAUUAUCAAACAAAAAGUAUUAAAGUUCGAGAUUCAAAAUUUGGUUUAGCACUUGUUAUUGAAACAACACCAUAUAGUGGAAAUUAUUUACUUGGAUUUCAAUUAGCACCCGAAGAAAAACUUCGAGAAGUUCAUAAAGAACUUAUUACACUUCAUAAAACUUAUUUUGCAAAUCCAGAAUUCGGUGUACAAUUUUCAAUAGAAGAACAACAAUCUGAUCAACCAACAACACGUUUGGAAAGUAAAGUUGAUGAUAUUGAAAUAUUACAAAGUCGAGAACAUACAGAUUCAUAUGCAACUUAUUUAACUGAUACUGGUAAACACGAUCAUGAACCUGUUUAUUCUGAAGAACUUGGUUUAGCUAUUGAAAAAUUACCACAAGGUUAUACAUUGGCUAGCCUUUGGGAUAUUCUUAGUUGA